AUGAUCGCCUCGAACUCCAAACGGGAGUUCUCCAUCCUGAUGCUCGACGGCGAUGGCAUCGGCCCCGAAGUCAUGGCCGAAGCGACCCUGCUCCUCAACCAGCUCUCCGCCCGCCCGGACAGCCGCGCCAGCUUCAAACUCCUCCCGCGCCUCUUCGGCGGCUGCAGCAUCGACGCCCACGGCACCUCCGUGACAGACGAGGUGCUCGAGGUGGGCCGCACCUGCGACGCCAUCCUCAUGGGCGCCGUUGGUGGGCCCAAGUGGGACGGCAUGCGGCGCGGCUUCGAGGGCCCCGAGGGCGCCACCCUGCGAUUGCGCGAGGUCACGCAGGUCUAUGCCAAUAUGCGGCCAGCGGAGUAUUUCAAAGACGGUGGCAGCCCGAUCAGAGAGGAGCUGGUCAAGGGAGCCAAGUUCAUCGUGCUGCGGGAGAACUGCGGCGGUGCCUUCUACGGGCCGAAAGUCGAGGAGCCCGACUAUGCGAGCGACCUGUGGAGCUAUAAGCGCGAGGAGGUGGAGCGGAUUGCGAGGAUGGCGGCGCAUCUGGCGCGGAGUCCUGCGAGCCCCGUCAAGAAGGUCAUCAGCUGUGACAAGGCCAAUGUGCUGGCGAGCUCGAGGCUCUGGAGGAGGAUUGUUGAGGAGACGAUCAAGCGAGAGUUCCCGGACGUGGAGAUUGUGCAUCAACUCGCGGACAGCGCGGCUAUGCUGAUACCCGCGAAGCCAACCAUGUUCAAUGGCGUGGUGCUGGCGGACAACACCUUCGGUGACCUGCUGAGUGACUUGGCUGGCGUCAUUCCGGGAACAUUGGGUGUGCUGCCCAGUGCGUGUCUGGCGGAUAUUCCUGUGACUGAGUUCGGCUCGAAAACGGUAAAGGGGUUCUACGAGCCUGUGCAUGGGAGUGCGCCGGACAUUGCUGGGCAGGGCAUUGCCAAUCCUAUUGGCACCAUUCUGAGCGCAGCGUUGAUGUUGAGGUAUUCAUUUGGUAUGGAGGAGGAUGCCCAAGCCAUCGAGCAGGCAGUCAACGCUGCGUUGGACUCCGGGGUCAAGACAAGGGAUAUGAAGGGUAACACAUCCACGAGGGAGAUGGGUGACCAGAUUAGGAGCCACUUGACGAGAAUACUUGAUGCCAAAAAAUGA